AUGUGGAGAGGAAUCCUUUCUACAAUUCUACUUCAGAGUGUGCAAAGAAGCAUCUAUACAACUUUGAGCAGCUUUGCCACUACUAUGGUCUUGGAGACAACCCCAAGAAGAUACAAUUUCCAACUAUCACUAGCUGGACAAGCCAAAGAAUGGGUGAACUUCAAUGCCCAACAUGCCUUCAAGACUUGGAAGGAUACAAAGGAAGCUUUCCUUUACAGAUUUGAUAAAGGUCCGAUUUAUGUUCCACCACCACGCCCCAGCUAUUCACAACACCAUCCAUCAUCACCAGACAUAAAUCAGACACUUUUCCCCAAGGAGAGUAUCAAGCUGCGCGCCAACCAAGAUUGA